AUGUAUGUUUUACUAAUUGGGCAUUUGUGGGGUUUAUCUCCUUUUCUGAGUAGUCUUUACCCUAUACUCGGCCAGAGAAAGAAAGAAAAUAAUUAUAUAUGCUUCUUCUAUGAAAUCAAUGAGGAGUCUGUCCUGGAGAAGGCAGGGAGCAUUGUACGGCGAGUGGGAUCUUUUCUGAAAAUGGCAAGUUACUAUGACAUUGAUGAUAUUCUUGUGGAGGAACAGCGUGUCCCAGUUGUUUUCCAGCAAGCAGUAAAUGGGGUUGAUAUUGAUCCUAGUGCUGAAACCCAUUGUGUUGAACCCGGUUCAAAGGUAGAGCUGCCUUACUGGCUUGCUCACGAGUUACACCUCAGAAAAGUAGCAAAGAUGAAGGUUCCUGCAUGUUUCAAUCAAAGAACAAAACUGGAACUUGGGGCUGAUGGUGCAUCUGUGGAUUUAAGAUCUCGAUGUCUAUACUUCUAUGAAUUUGGAUGCAAGAUAGCACCGCUGGUUGGUGAUAGAGACAUGGGAUCAUUCCUAUUAUCUGCAUUUAGGACCAGGUAUCAGAAAAUCCUGGCAAAGGCACAUAACGCAGCAUUUACAGCACAUUCAAAAUUGCUGUCGUACUUAACAAAAGAAGAAACCAAUCUGUAUGAGGCAGCUCAGUCGUCAAUGGCGGCCUUUAAGAAGUGGCGGAUAGGUGGCCCCCGAUUCGAGAGAGCUUCUGUACUUGGGAGGAAGAGGAAGGAAGCCAACUGA